GCCGGCCGGCUUCCAGGCCUGGGCUCUGGCCGCCCGCGCCGCCCGGCCGCUCCGGGGACGGGCCGGGGCGGGGCGCGGCGCGGCGGCAGGAAGCGGGGCGGGGACUCGCGGAGGCGUUGGGGAGCGAGGGAGGGCGCGGCCAACUCCCGGAGGGACGGCAGGCGGAGAGAGCGGCGCCCGGGUCUGGCGCCGAGCCUGAGCCCGCCGGACGGGAGGCGGCCCAGCCGCGGGCUCGGCCUCGGCCCCAGCCCCGCCAGCAUGGCCGGCCGGACCGUGCGGGCCGAGACCCGGAGCCGGGCCAAGGAUGACAUCAAGAAGGUGAUGGCGACCAUCGAGAAGGUCCGGAGAUGGGAGAAGCGCUGGGUGACUGUGGGCGACACUUCCCUUCGUAUCUUCAAGUGGGUGCCAGUGGUGGACCCCCAGGAGGAGGAGCGGCGGAGGGCAGGUGGUGGGGCAGAGAGAUCUCGAGGCCGGGAGCGACGGGGCAGGGGCGCCAGUCCCCGAGGGGGUGGCCCUCUUAUCCUGCUGGAUCUCAAUGAUGAGAACAGUAACCAGAGUUUCCAUUCGGAAGGCUCCCUGCAAAAGGGCACUGAGCCCAGCCCUGGGGGCACCCCUCAGCCCAGCCGCCCUGUGUCACCUGCUGGACCACCAGAAGGGGUCCCAGAGGAUGCUCAGCCCCCACGUCUGGGCCAAGAAAGAGAUCCUGGGGGCAUAACUGCAGGCAGCACGGAUGAACCCCCAAUGCUGACCAAGGAGGAGCCUGUUCCAGAAUUGCUGGAGGCUGAGGAUUCGGGAGUGAGAAUGACCAGAAGAGCCCUCCACGAGAAAGGUCUGAAGACCGAGCCCCUCAGGAGGCUCCUUCCCAGGAGAGGCCUCCGGACAAACGCCAGGCCCAGUUCCACGGUGCUGCCGGACACCAGAGCUCCCGGGGGAGGAAGCAAGGCCCCGAGGGCACCCAGGACGAUCCCCCAGGGGAAGGGGAGCCCCGUCCACCGGCAGGCCCACGGAUGCCAAACCUGCGGCAAGGUUACCUCAAGCGCCAGAGGACAUGCCUCAAGAGCUCCUAGCCAGUGCCAACCUCGCCAGUCUCCUGGGAACCCACAUGGGACAGAGGCCUUUCUGCCCUGGUGCCCUCCUUACAGCCUGCGGAAAGGCGUCCUGGGCCAGGGGGGUGGGCCCAGAGCCCUGGAAAAUCCCCACCUGGAGAAGGCCCUGAGCCCAUGGGCCCUGUGAGUGGUUCCAAGGGCUUUCACCAAGCUCUUCUCUCCCAACUCCACUGCUGGGCCUGUCAUAUUAGGGAAUAAUGUCUCGCGUUUAUUGAGAGCUUACUCUGUGCCAGGCAUUGUGAUUUACAGUGAUUAUCACAUUUAAUCCUCACAAUAUCCCAGUGACACUGGUGUUCUCAUUAUCAGCAUUUUACAGAUGGAGAAACUAAGUCUCAGAGAGGUUAAGGGACCUGCCCAAAGUCCCACAGCCAGUAUGUGGCAGGACCAGCAUACAGACCCAGGUCUGCCCGCCUGCUUCCACAGGCGGCCUUGCUGCACCACUUCUGCUGGCGCAAGAGUUAAGGGUGCAGGUUUGACGGGGCAUCCAUUUAUGGAGCAUCCAUUUUUUUCUCAUGGUAAUUAAAUAAAACACUUUUUAUGCUAAAAUGAGCAGAUACUCUCUGGAAUGAAAUUAACAUUUAUACCAAUGAUUGAGAUGAAACUUGAGACUCCAGAUUUUUCACGCUAAGGCCAAUGCUUCAGGCUCUGCCCAUGGAUCCUGAAGUAACCUCUUCUAAGACCUCUGCCUUUAGAGGGAUGUUGGCCAAGGAAGCUCUAGUCCAGGACCUGCUCCUGGGCAGAGCCUUCCUGGAAGCCAAAAGAUGGCCACUCCAUAGUUUGCCAUCCCACUGAACUGCUUGGGAAGUUCAUGCAGUUCCCCUGGGCUAAGGUUUCCGAUUUCCCAACAGAUAUUAAUCUUCAGGAUUUGGAAGUGAAAAAUUGGAAUUCUUGGGAAUUCCUGAAAUCAUGUUAUUCUGUAUUUUCAUAACUUUGCGUAUAUUUUUAAUAAGAGUAGUUACAAAGAACUGUAGGCUACAGCAAAUAUUCAAAAACCAGAAAAUACCAACUACCCAACACAACUGGGUAGUAUUUGAAUAACAAAAUGUUUAAAUCUUCAGCAAGAUAACUGUAUUACACAGAAGCAGGUGUUGAAAUUGCCAAUUUGAGGACUUGUUUCCACAACUUGCUUCUUGGAACAUCAUUCCUAGGAUUUGCAUGAGAUACAUGAUGCAUGUAAACAGAUUAAUAUUCUAUUUGUGAGAAUGACUGUUUACAGCAGACAGGGCCACAGAUACACUUGUAAUAUGGCAACGGCUAUGAAAAAGAAUGAUCAGAACCACUUUUCUCCUAUUUAGUGCUUCUAACCCAAGUUCCCAACAUGUCUCCCUUAACCUGGGACGCCGUUUAUCAGCAUUUCCUUCUCUUGCUUUCUGCUUCAUGUCAGUGGAUUCCUUCAAACCAGGAAUGCCUCUGUAUUUAUUGUUAAGCACGAAUUCUCACAAGAGAGUUUUAACACUUUUUCCUGUUUUCCCAAUCUCUUGACUGAUUUUUGUUGGGAUUCGGAAAAACAUAAAUUUCCCGGAAAACACCAGGAAGGACUUCCUGCCCAGAUAUACUAUUCUGGGCUGAACAGGAUUGGCAAGGCAAGUCUGUUACAGAAAUAAUUACUGAGGAUAUCAUCAGACCCAGUCACUGAUACUUCCUGCUUUCAGGGGCCUCAGAGCCAGAAGAUCCAAUUGUGGAUCUCAGCUCUCCCAGUUCCUGGCUGUGAGACUUUGGGCAAGUCACUUUAACUCUCUGAGUUUCAAUUUAAUGAGUAGAAUGGUGCCUGGAAAUAAUAAUGCGUGUUUUGUGAGGCGGUAUUGUAGAAAGGUUAAAAGUGUGGCUUUAGAGUCAGAUGGGCUGAGGUUUAAAUUCAUUUACUUACUACCUCUUUGAUUUGAGGCAAGUGCUAACCACUCAGAACCCCAUUUUUCUCCUCUGUAAAAUGGAAAAACGGAGCCCACUUCACAGGAUUUGGGUGAGUUUAAAUGAGAGCACAUACGUAAAUGCUUCACACAGUGUAAAUGCUGGAUAAACAUGGGCCAGUAUAGUUAUUAUCUGCUGUAUCUACCUCACAGGGCCAUUGUGAGGAUGAAAGGGAGGUCGUGUUGUGGAGUUGCUUUCCAAGCUGUGAAGUGGUGUCCACAUGUUUGUCUUUCCUUCAGAGAUAGGAUGGUCAGAAGCUCCUUGGCAGACAUUAGAGCUAUCUCCAAGUAAGGGGCCUGGGAAUACUUACUGAUCCCCACAGAAGGUAGCGGUGUUGAGGAAGAGGUGUCACCAUGGUUACCUGGAAAACAGGGUUUAGCUGCAAUCAAGUAGGUGAACUCUGGCAUCGUCUGACUUGGGGCACACUUGGGGGACAGUGGAAAAGAUGAUUUUCAAAAGAUGCUUGAAGAAAGGACUGUGUUAGAUGGAGCCUGCACACUAUAGGUUUGUUUAAUAGGGAUUGAAUCAGGGGCAGGGGGCGUGGUGGAAUAGGGAGUGGUGAGGGGGCUCUUUGACUAUUGUCUGAAGCCCUGUUAUUGCCUAAACCUAGAAAACAAUCCUAUUAGCUGGAACCGGUGUAUCCUGCUCCUGCUGUGCGUGCACCUACGAUGUUCAUUCCUCCCUAGACUAUAGACCAAACACGAUCAAAGGGCUUUCCAGAGAUGAGCUCAGGUAAUCCUGACAGCAGCCCCGUAAAGUAAAUACUAGCAGUACUCCCAUUUUGCAGACAGGGGCUUGGAGUCUGGGAAAGUUAAGACCAUUGCCCAAGGUCAUGCAGCCUAUUUGUUGUUGAGUCAAGAUUCAGACAAGAGUCCAAGCCCUUAGCACCCACCAGGCCACCUCAACUCACGAGCUGCCAGAUGCUGAGCUUGAACAAGGAAAAAGGAAACACAAAUGUAUGGAGUUGAGCACCUAACUGGCCUCCUCUCUUGCCUUCUGUGACCUCUCUCUCUCUCUCUCUUUCUUUCUCUCCCAAUAGUAUUCCUAUUUAACAUAAGUCUCCUCCUGAGUCUCCCUUCCUCCUUACCAUGGCCUCUUAGUUUCAAGUACUGGUGUAGCAAUCGAGAAGCCAAGAAGCCUUCCUAGACAAAGCCUCAUGAAUCCAUUCCUGGAGCUAGAGGCGGACCGUAGAGUGUGUUCUGUGAGAGCUGCCAACAAUUUGGGAGUAAACUUGGAGGGUGGAACUUAAUCAACUGGCUCCUAAGUGCCCAGCAGUGUGCCAAGUCCAGUAGCAGGGGUGGAGGAUACAUUCAGGGGUGAAACAGGCAGGAUCCCUGGCUUUAGGGAGCUUUCGGGCUACUAGAGAAGAUGGGCAUUAGGAAUCCUCCCAAAAUAUGAAUUCUUGCAAACUGUGAUAUGUAUCAUGAAGGAAAAGUUCAGGGAGCUAUGAAAGAAUAUGGUGCCUAAUGGUUGGAGUGGGUGGUCAAAGGCCACUUUGAGAAAUGAUAAUUAUUAUACCCCUGAGAACUGAGUUGGGGGAAGAGAAUUCCAUAUUGAGGCAAUAGUAAGUGCAGGCACGAAGACCCAAAGGUGGGCAGGAACUUGGUAUGUUGGGGAAACUGAAAGGCAGCCAUGUUGAUGGAGCGGAGUAUGCUGGCCAUGAUAAGAGUGGUCAAGUUAAGACUGGACAGGCUGGCUAGGGGUGAUGACAGGUGCCUUGUAGGCCAUGGUAAGGACACUGGGUUUUUUGGUUCAACUUUUUAUUUGGAAAUAAUUUCAAAGUUACAGAAAAGUGAAUAGUACAGUGGAGAUCUGUCUGUCCUUUAUCCUAAUUUCAUCUGUUAAAAUUACUUGUUCUUUCUAUAUGUGGAAUGUUACAUGUGACUUUUAUUCUGAACUAUUUGAGAAUAAGUUUUACACAUCAAACACACACCCUUUACCCCCAGACAGGUACAAUGUGUACAAGUACAAUAAUCCACUAAAUUUAACAUUAAUGCAAUACAGUAUCUCAUUUACCACCCAUUUUGUCAAUGAUCUCAAUAAUGCCCUUCACAUAGCAUUUUCCCUCUAGUCCAGGGUCCAGUCUAGAAAUGAAGUAAUGCAUUUGGUUGUCAUUUCUCUUUAGCCUCCUUUAAUCUGGAAUAGUUAGCCUUUGUCUCUUAUAACACUGACAUUAUGGAAAAUUCAGUUUUCCCCUUCCUCAUUUUGGGGUUUGUCUGCUGUUUCUUCAUUACACAUUCCUGCUAGAAGACGACAUAAAUGUUAUUGUGUCUUUGUGGUAUGACAACAAAAGGCACACACUGUCUCCUACUCCUUGGUGAUUGAAAUUUUUGCCUGGUUAAUUUACUGUUUGUCCCUCGUAACUGAUAUGUGAUCAGGGAGAUAGUUAAAACCCUGCAGAUAUCCUAUUCCAGAGAUUAUUGAAUAGAUAAAAUGUAACAUCCACUGAGGCUUUUUGCCUGAAGCACAUCAGUCUGUGUCCGGAGGGUUACAAAAUGACUUCAGCUCUCUCCCCUUGACAUUCUUCUGCCCAUUUAUUUCCGUAUUUAUUGUUAGCAAGGACUUUGGGGUUUCUACUAUUUUCCAAUAAUUUUAGUUAUUAACCUCAAUUAUUUUGGUGCUCAAAUUGUCCCAGAUUUGGCCAGUGGGAGCCCCUUAAAACUAGAAGGCUGGGGACUUCUGGGUGGUUCAGUCUACCAAGCUUCCGACUCUUGAUUUCUGCUCAGGUCAUGAUCUCACAGUUGGUGAGACCCAGUCCUGUGUCCAGUUCCAUGCUGACAGCUAAGAGCCUGCUUGGUAUUCUCUCUCUCUCCCUCUCUCUGCCACUCCCCUGCUCUCUCUCACUCUCCCUCUCUCUCAAAAUAAAUGAAUAAACAUUAAAAAAAACAAAACAAAACUAGAAGGCUAGGUUUUAUCCCAGCGUCAGUGGAGUGACAUUGUUCGAUUUGCAUAUUAGGCCCUGACUGUGUGUGAGAAUGCAUUCUAGGGGCACAAAGGAAGAAAGGACACCUGGCAGGUGGCUCUUGUGUAGUCCAGGUAGGAGAUGUGGCUUAGACCAGGGAACUAAGUUGGAUGUUCAAGAAACUUUGGUGAUAGAAUUGGCAGGAACUAGCAGUGGAUGGCAUGUGCAAGGAGUCAUAGAGGUAAUGACCAGAGCAGCUGGGUGGAUGACAGAGAUAUUUACUGAUAUGGGGAGGACAAGCAGAGUAAGGGCGUCAGUUGGGAUAUUUUAUUUAUUUAUUUACUUUUUUAAGAGAGAGAGAGCUGGAGUGAGGAAGAGGGACAGAGAGAGAAAGAGAGAAAGAGUGAGAAUCCCAAGUAGGUUCCACACUCAGCAGGGAGCCUGAACCAGGGCUCAGUCCCAUGACCCUAGGAUCAUGACCUGAGCCAAAACCAAGAGUCGGGCACUCAAUUGACUGAGCCACCCAGGUGGCGCGGGAUGGGUAUUUUAGACAGCAGCUGAGUCUGAGAUGUCUUUGACAUCCAGGGCAAGAUGUCAAGUAGUAAUUGGAUAUAUUGCUCUGGAGAGAAAUCCAGACCAGAAGAAAAUUCAGGAAUUGCCACAUAUGAAUGAUUUUGAAAUCCAUGGUCCUGGAUGAAAUGCUAUAAGGGGAGAAUAUGUAGUGAGGAAAGAGAGGGGCCAGACUGGGAAUCCUAAGAGAGUUCACUGUUUGGAGGCAUGGGGUCAUGGUGGGGGGUGGGGGCGCAUCACACGGAGCCUACAAUGUCAAGCCAAAUCCUGAGGCUAUGGGGAACCAUUAAGGGUUCUGAGUAUGGGAAUGAGUGACAGGGUAUGAUCUGAGUUUUAGGAAGAUGGUUCUGACAGCCAAGUAAAGAUGAUUUGGAGGGCCAUGGCAGUGGCUAAUGUUAUGGUUCUUCCUAAAUAUUUUUUAAGGUUUAUUCAUUUUUCAGAGACAGAGAGAGGCAAAGCGUGACUGGGGGAGGGGCAGAGAGAGAGGGAGACACAGAAUCCAAAGCAGGCUCCAGGCUCUGAGCCAUCAGCACAGAGCCUGACACGGGGCUCGAACUCAGGAGCCGUGAGAUCAUGACCUGAGCUGAAGUCGGACGCUUAACUGACUGAGCCACCCAGGCGCCACUAUGGUUCUUCCUAAAAUAAAUCUGCCAUCCUCUGGCCACUGAAGAUUGCUCAGAUGGAUCCCUGUGUCUGAAAUGCCCUCUCCUUGUUCACCUGGGCACAAAAAAGAUGAUCAGACAUCUGCCUCAGCUGCACUUCUCAGCUUCCAAUAAUAUGACUGCAGCCCCCAGCUCCCUGCUUCCUUUUAGCUGGAGCUGCACAGAUGGUUUCCGGGACCUUUUCUCAGCCAGCCGCAUCGUAGGUGGGAGUACACAGGAGCUGGUCUCUGAGGUUUGCGGGAAUCUGGCCACUGUGAUCCUCUGCCCUGGCAUGCUUUGAGUUCAGUGUGGUCUCUGUCAACCAUGCAACCUGCCAUUCAAAGUACGUUGUCCCCUCCACACCCCUACCCGUGCUGAGGAAGACGAGUUUGAGUCUGGAUGAACAUCCUAGCGCAUCCUUCACCUCCCAGGGGUGGUGCCGUACGAUCCUGUCUAGAGGAUGUCAACAGCCCACUGGAGACACAAAUAAGCAAGGCAGAAUUUUAAGAGACAGGAGGGAGGGACAGAUGUUCUGGAAGUCCAGGAAAGCAAGAUUGUUUCUGGUUGGAGAAAUUAGGGAAGGUUCUCUGGAGAAGGUGGCAUUUGAACUGGGCCUUGAGGACAGCGAGGACUAUUUUCCAUUUCACGAAGGAAAUAUUUGAUUAUUCAAGCAGGAAAGAAAAAAAAAUCAAAGCCCCCACUUCCUCAUAUUUUAUUGACAUUGUGCACACAAUUAAUGGUUAUGUAAAUACCCCAUUAGGCAGCUACUUUAUAGUUAGUCCUCUUACUGUUGGAAUAAUUCAUUUCCGGACCUCAAGACAUUGGCCUGGGGUCUGUGACUGGGCAGUGGGGACAGAAGCAACUAGGGACCAAAUGCAACUCAGGAAUCAGUGCUUGAGCCCAUCCACUCAUUGUUUCAUUCAGCAAACGUUUAUUAACAACUCGCUAGUCCCAGGCCCUGAAGAUACAAUGAUGAUCAGGACACAGUUCCUGUUCUAAAGACCUCAAGUCUAAUAGAACAGCAGUCACAAGUGGAGAGAAUUUAUCGUAGAGCACGUGAAGAUGCCACACUACACAUUGUGUACCAGAUGUGGUGCUGACAUAGGGAAAGGAGCUGGGGUAACGGAAGCCUCGGCUACAGAUGAGCAUACCAGGCAGACCAUGUGCAGUGAGAAGGGGGAAGCUUGAGGAUGGGUCAGAGGACCAAGUUCACUUGGAACAUGGCUGCAUACUUCUCUUUCCACAGGCUGGAAGGCACGUCUCUCCUACUCUUAGGCUUCUGGGUGUUUGGUUUUUUUUUUUUGUUUUGUUUUCUAUCUCAAAUAUUUCCUUUCCCCAAUUUUUUUUUUGGGGGGGUACCUAGUUUUAUGCUCUUUUCCAAAAUCUCAACUUGUGUGCUGAAUCCAUUCAUUUUAUUUCUCUCCUCUUGACACUAAAAGCACUUAAUGCUGUUAAUUUUACCUCUGCGGAUAGCUUGGACUGUAUCCUGUUUUUAAAAUUAUUUUCUAAAUAGUUUGUUUUUUACUCUUGAUUUACUCCUUGUCCUAAGGGUGAUUUGAUAUGCUAUUGAUGUUUUUCCAUUUCUAAGUGGUGUGUUUUAUAUUAUUGUUAGUUGUAUUGCAUUUUGAUCAGAGACUGACUUUUAGAAUUUCCACUUUUCAAAAUUUACCAAAAUAUUCUCUGUAGCUUACUAUUUAUUGAAUUUUGUCACUGUCCACGGAACUUGAAUAGAAGGUAUACUAUUUGUUUUCAGGUUAAAACAAUUUAUAUGUUCAUAUCCUCCAUAUCCUUAUUUAUUUUUGGAUUACUUGUUCAGAAAAUGUGUUAGAAUAUUUCCAAUAAAACUGUUUCUCAUGUUUCUCCUAG